AUGAGAACAGUAUCAAAGGUUAAGGAAAAAAAGUAAGGUAUAUAGUAGUAAAAAAGCAUCAUUAGUUAAACUUAUAAAUCAUUAUCUCCGCUUAUAUAGCAGAUUGUGUUAGAAAAGGGCUUUAUAGGGCCAUAGUAUUAAAAACAGCAAAUGCUUAAACCGCUUAAGAAAGGGUAUAAAAAGUUAUUUUUCCAAAAUAAUUUGAAUGCAGAUUUCCUGUAUAUUGGUUGCAUUUUUACUACUGAUUAGUAAAGAGAAUAAGAAAUACUAGUAGUACAAAUAAAUGAGCUGAUUGUAAAUGUUUAAACAAAAAUCCCUUAAAUGUAGCAUGCUGCUUUACUUAGAUUAGCAUCUGUAUCAAUUAGCAUCCAAAUAGACCUAGAUAAACCAAUACAAGAGUAAAAAAAAUCGCUAAUGCAAAGCAUAAUAACUAAAUCGAAUGAAAAUGAUCUAAUUUGCUUUCUAUUAAGAAAAUAGAUAUAUUAUAUAACUAUCAGAGCUUUAAGAUCUUUAAUUAUUUUUAAUUAUUGA